AUGAUUGAACAUUAUGCGUAUCCAAGGUUUCAUCAAGUCAAACCAGGGAACAUCAGAGUCAUGUUACAAGGACCAGAAGGGGAAGGCAACCACGGAAUUAUUCUGGAGAAUGCAAAAGCGGAACUAGCCAAGGCAAAGGAAGAGCUCAAUAGAGCCAAGGAGAGUUCCAUGCAAUCAUGGCUUGACUCGGAGCCUCUCAUAGAUGAACUAGAAAAGCAGAAAGCCAAUCUUGCUAACGCUCAACUAAGUGAAAAUUCAUCAAAAACUGUCACUGAGAAGCUGGAAUCCCAGUUGGAGACCAUCCACAAGAGCAUCAAAUCCAAAAGAGAGGAGCAACUCAAGACAGAAUUGAUGAUCCAAGAAACCAAUCAAAAUUUGGAUCACAUGCGUAACGAAAUGGAAAUGCUCAAACUUGAGAGAAACAAAGAAAAGCAAACACUAGCAAAACUGAGGCAAACCCUGCAUCUGAGGAAGCAGACAGCUCAAACUUUGCAGCUCACUCUUCGAGCUGUACUGCUGGAGUCAGAUGCUGUGGAAGAAUCUUCUGCCAAAGCUCUUCAACAGAUCAAGCUUUCAGAAAAUCACAGAGACGUUGUCCAGCUUACAAAUGAAAAAUACUAUGCCCUAACAAGAAGAGCCAAAGAAAAGAUUUCACACACAAAUUCACGUGUUUCUGUUUACAUGGAGCAGAAACAUGCAGCUCAGGCUACCCAUGAUUUAGUGUUAUCAAGAUUGAACAAGAUUUAUUCCAGUAGGUCAUGGAGUAUGAACAAAAGAAAAAUAAUGGGGCUACGGUAUACAGAAAGGAGUGCAAAAGGUCAAGAUACGAUUAUUGAAGAGGAAGUGAUGGCAAAUGUUUCACCUAAAUCCUCUGCUGAGGAAUCAUUACCAAAGUUUAAAGGGGGAAAACUACAGCAGUCCAGAAAAUCAGUAAGUAAUCAUGUUAAAAUAGUUAGAAAAAAAUCAUCCAUUUUGUAUAAGUUAAGAAAAUGUCUAUAUGGAAGUUAA